AUGGGCGACCCCUUUCUCGAUGACCAAGACAUCACUACCGAUGAUGUCGUUUUCAGCAAAGCUGAUGGGGAGCUCCAGACGCUCGCAUGGCGUCUGAACGGCCAGGCGUGGGCAGCGCCUAUGAGCAUUGACGAUUACAUAGCUCGGGAGACGCACUUGUCACAGCAGGCGCUGUCCAAAGACGGGCGUUGCAUCUAUUGGGUCUUAUCCCACAAGGAUGAUCCUACGCACAUCGUCGCAUCGUGCGAGUCGGUUGAAAAGACCGUCUUCAUUGCUGGACACGGCACCGGAAUCAACGACGGCUUCUUGGAAGCCAAAGGUUACGCCAUCGCCAGCGUGUAUACAAAUCCCAAGUACCGACGUAUGGGCAUGGCCGCGUUCAUGAUGGAGCGGCUGCAGGAGCACAUGGAUGCCGACAGCGAAUGCAGUGCGCUGUACAGCGACAUCGGCAAAAUCUACUACGCCAACCUGGGCUGGGAUGUUUUCCCCUCGGAUCAGGCGACCGUCUACCUGGAAUCAGAGGACUUUAAGCUCCCAGAGCAUCCGGCGACAAGAUACCUCACUCUGGAGGAGCUAGAGCCACUGUGCGAGAAGGAUGUGGCUGCAGUCAAGGCUAAAUUCCAGACGCUCGCCGCUGACCACAAGAAGACACACGUGGCUUUCUCUCCUAGCUAUUCACAGAUCGCAUGGCAGCUCGCUCGGGAACAAUUUAUGGCUGGGGUCCUCCACAAGCGAAACAUUGAACACCGGGGCGCCAUCACUCACAGUGGCAAGACCUGGAUGUACUGGGACCACGACUGGCGCGAGGGCAAGCUGAAGAUUAUGCGGAUUGUCACGUUGGACCACGACCCGGAGACUGGUCUGAAGGUCAUGGAGGAAAACAAGAUCGUUGACAUCUUGGAGCUGCUGCGGGCGGCAGCUGCGGAAGCAACCGAAUGGGGGCUGAAGAAGAUCCUGAUCUGGAAUCCCGACCCGACUGUUACUCGAGGGAUCAAGGGCUUCCACAACUAUCAUGAGGACGAUGUCGAUGUCAUCUUUGAUGAGAGGUACGAAGGCUCGAUCCCGAGCUUCAGGUGGAAAGGAGGAAGGAGCACGCAGAAUACGGUCUGGGAGGAGAAUUAUUACUAUUGCUGGUGUUGA